AUGCAGUUUUUCGCGCUGAAACCAAAAUUAAGUUCUCAACAUUUUCUACUCGUGACAUUACUUCUCAUAACGACUGCUCUUAACUCCGAUGGCUAUGGUCAUCAGCAGACAGCAACCCAACAACAUAAUGGUUAUAUAUACGGGCCUCCUCCACCUCCGCCAUUUGUUAACGUACCUCGUGCACUGCAAACGUCCUCGCCUGCUGGCACUCAGGUGCCUGUUUUGACAGCUGUGGUGCGCCCACUUGGACCUCCGGGAAGAAAUUACGAAGUGAGACUCUCUCAACCGAAUCAUCACAAUUUGCUACACAGACAACCACCUCCACAAGCAACUAUAAAUGGACCAUCGCCUUAUUAUACCAACAAUUACCAACCAGUCAACUCCGGCGCGAGAUAUGCGCCGCCAGCGUUACCAUCUCAACCGAGACCAUACCAGCAAGCUUUUCUUGGCGCAACUGAGCAGCAAUACAACAACAAUGCUGCUGGUUCCCCCGUUUCGAAUACACCACAUCAGAAUCCGCUACUGACACCGCAGUAUGGGCAACCACCUCCCACCUCCUUAACACCUGCGCCAGGACAGUCACAAUCAUUUGCGAAUCAAGGUAAUCAGCAGAAUAACGGUAAUACGCAGCUGACACCGCAGUAUGUGCAACCAGCAUCACCUCCCUCCGUCUCUACGCUGCAACAGUCACAAUCCUUUGCGAAUGCCGGCAAUCAACCGCAGCAACAGUCGGCUGUUGGGUCACCGAUUGGACCUCAACAAAGUAAUGGCGUUGGCACCAACGGUAACGCACCAAAUUUUCAACUCAGCUCCGGCGCACAGCCUAGCACCGCGAACACCGUCGACGGCUCUAACAAUGGCGUGCUGGGAAAUUACAUUUCGCAAUCUGAAGUCGGUCAAUUGGACCAUUACUUCGAGAAGCAGAAUCCAGUGGGUGACACACGCGCCUAUACUCGUCUCAUCAACACCUGCUAUCCGGAUGGCCGUUGCGAUCAGCAGCAGCAACUGGGCGCCGGUGAAACCCAUCAGAGACACCAGCAGGUAGUAUCAAACGCGCGAGCGCGUGUACAACCGAUCUCGGAUAAGUGCCGCGCCCUGGGCAAUUCAGGCGCUAUGUCGGCAAUAACUGCUGGAUCCGUUAGCGUAGGGAAUCCUGCGCUUAACUCGGCGAAUCGUCCACCAAAUCGUCGACUCUAUCAAUAUACAGAAGUUGUGUUACCGCGCGAUCCAUUCAACUGA